UCAGUCAGGGAGGUGGACCGCUGAGCACUGGGCGCGACGCUCCGUUGCAGCUUCGCCCAGGGCCCGGUGCUUGCCCUCGUGCCGCCGGGUGGGAAGGAUGAAGCCGCAGCUGGAGCAGCCAGCCCAUGAUUGGCUGUGGCGCUUGUGAACCCGAAGUAAAGAUGGCGGGCGGGCAGGCAGCCGCCGCACUGCCCACUAGGAAGAUGGCGGCACGCCGCAGCCUCCGCGCCCGCGGCCGGGGGGUCCUGCAGGCAGCGGCGGGGCGGCUGCUGCCGCUGCUGCUGCUGAGCUGCUGCUGCAGCGCGGGCGGCUGCGCGGCGGCGAGCGAGAGCGAGGAGACGGUGAUCAUCGGGUUGCGGCUGGAGGACACGAACGACGUGUCGUUCAUGGAAGGGGGGGCGCUGCGGGUGAGCGAGCGGACCCGGGUCAAGCUGCGGGUGUACGGGCAGAACAUCAACAACGAGACGUGGUCCCGCAUCGCCUUCACGGAGCACGAGCGGCAGCCCCACAGCCCCGGCGAGCGCGGGCUGGGUGGCCCCGCGCCGCCGGAGCCGGACAGCGGCCCCCAGCGCUGCGGCAUCCGCACCUCAGACAUCAUCAUCUUGCCACACAUCAUCCUCAACCGCCGCACCUCGGGCAUCAUCGAGAUCGAGAUCAAGCCGCUGCGCAAGAUGGAGAAGAGCAAGUCCUAUUACCUGUGCACAUCGCUCUCCACGCCCGCCCUGGGCGCCGGCGGCCCGGGCUCCGCCGGGGGCGCCGUCGGGGGCAAGGGGGGCUCCGGGGUGGCCGGGCUCCCGCCGCCCCCGUGGGCCGAGACCACCUGGAUUUACCACGACGGCGAGGACACGAAGAUGAUCGUGGGCGAGGAGAAGAAGUUCCUGCUGCCCUUUUGGCUGCAGGUGAUCUUCAUCUCGCUGCUGCUGUGCCUGUCGGGCAUGUUCAGCGGCCUCAACCUGGGGCUCAUGGCGCUGGACCCGAUGGAGCUGCGCAUCGUGCAGAACUGCGGCACGGAGAAGGAGAAGAAUUACGCCAAGCGCAUCGAGCCCGUGCGCAGGCAGGGCAACUACCUGCUGUGCUCGCUGCUGCUGGGCAACGUGCUGGUCAACACCACGCUCACCAUCCUGCUCGACGACAUCGCCGGCUCCGGCCUCGUGGCGGUGGUGGUCUCCACCAUCGGCAUCGUCAUCUUCGGGGAGAUCGUGCCCCAGGCCAUCUGUUCGCGGCACGGCCUGGCCGUGGGCGCCAACACCAUCUUCCUCACCAAGUUUUUCAUGAUGAUGACCUUCCCCGCCUCCUACCCGGUCAGCAAGCUGCUGGACUGCGUCCUGGGCCAGGAGAUCGGCACCGUCUACAACCGGGAGAAGCUGCUGGAGAUGCUCCGGGUCACCGACCCCUACAACGACCUGGUCAAGGAGGAGCUGAACAUCAUCCAAGGAGCGCUGGAGCUGCGCACCAAGACGGUGGAGGACGUGAUGACCCCGCUCCGGGACUGCUUCAUGAUCACCGGCGAGGCCAUCCUGGACUUCAACACCAUGUCGGAGAUCAUGGAGAGCGGCUACACGCGCAUUCCCGUCUUCGAGGGCGAGCGCUCCAACAUCGUGGACCUCCUCUUCGUCAAAGACUUGGCCUUUGUGGAUCCGGACGACUGUACCCCCCUGAAAACCAUCACCAAAUUUUAUAACCACCCCUUGCACUUUGUUUUCAACGACACCAAGUUGGACGCUAUGCUGGAAGAGUUUAAGAAAGGUGGGAGAUUUUCGUUUCUCGCAUUGGCUUGCUUUUUCUUUUUCCCGCUUGCUCCCUACAGGAGCCCUCCACCCCUCCGACCAACCCCCCAAGGCGAGUUGACCGGAAUUUCUCCUUGGCUCUCUUAA